ACAAUUCUACUGCAGAAAUGCUGUGCACGCGCAAGAUUUGACUGGACAACUCAACACAAGAGGCGCGCCUUUGCAACUCGGAUCCAUGGACGCAAGUUCCAGUGAUGCAUUGCACGAGAAUAAUGGCGAUAAACAAUCCUACUUCAAAGGAUGUCUCAGGAAUAUACGACUCAAUGGAGAGCUCUUGGAUUUGGGAGAAAAUGUGCCCAGUCAUCGAUCAGAACCGGGCUGUGUCUAUCAGAACUGCGCAGCUCUGCGCUGCCCUGCGAACUCCAACUGCGAAGGAUCUCCUGGCGAUGAAACGUGCGAGUGUAAACUUGGUUGGUCAGGCCACGACUGCUCCACCAAAACUGUGCCCACGAGCUUUUCAGCGAACAGUUUCCUUCAGAUUGCUCUCCUCUUCCAGCUGCCAGAACAAACCUCGUCCAUAACUUUACGGCUGCGCACCCGGCAGAGCAACAGCUUGGUGGUGGCGCUGAGGUCUGUUGGAGGUCUGGAACAUCUGGUGCUGGCACUGCGUGGAGGCCGCCCCUGUCUGACACUACACCGCCAGCACGCUAAACUAGCCUCUGUCUGCCUCACGUCAACCCUGCAUGACGGCAUGUGGCACGACAUUGCUGCUAAGAGGUAA